AUGUGUGUUGCUGUGAUGAUGGAAGCUGUGACACCAGUAUUUCCAAUAUCAGCAUUGUCACCCAUGGUUGAAAGAAUUAAAGAGAAAUUCCAGCCUAAAUGGGCUAGAAAACCAGUCAUGUCUUCCCGCCCAUCCUUCCCACUGUGGAUGAUUAUCCUCAUUGUAUUUGGAGUACUGGCAAUUCUGGGAAUAACUAUUGGUCUUCUGGUUCAUUUUCUUGCAGUAGAAAAUAAAACCUACUAUUAUCGAGGUAGCUUUAAAGUAAAGGGUAUCCCGUAUAAUAACAAUUAUGAAAGAGAGACAUCACAAGAAACCAACCAUCUUAGCCAUAUUCUUGAGAACAGGAUGAUGAAUGCAUUUCAGAAGUCCAACAUUUACAGACAAUAUAUCAAUUCUCAAGUCAUCACAUUGAUUCCUGAUAACAAUAGUGUGACAGCUCGGAUAUGGCUAGUUUUUAAGGCUUCCGCAUCAAAGAAGGAAAAUACAAGAAGAAGAAUUGAAAGUAUCUUACAGCAGAUGCUCAGGAAUAAUACAGGAUCUGUUACUGCUGAUCCUAAUUCUCUCAAACUUGAAGAAAUCAGUAAAUCUGAAGCUGAAAAGAUGAUCAACAGCCGCUGUGGGAGGCGAGCCAGAAUGUCAGCUACAUAUGAUAGAGUCAAGGGAGGCUCCACAGCCCAGGAAGGAGAAUGGCCCUGGCAAGCAAGUCUCAAGAAGAAUGGCAGGCACUACUGUGGAGCAUCUUUAAUCAGUGACAGAUAUCUGGUAACCGCAGCUCACUGCUUUCAAAAGACACUAAAUCCAGCAAACUAUACAGUCAGCUUUGGCACUAGAGUAAACCCUCCCUACAUGCAACAUUAUGUUCAAAAAAUAAUUAUUCAUGAAGACUACGUCCGCAAUGAACAUCAUGAUGAUGUUGCACUUAUACAACUCACUGGAAAAGUUUUAUUUAAUAACAACGUACAUAGAGUUUGUCUUCCUGAAGCCUCUCAAAUUUUCCCAGCAGGUGAAGGUGUUGUUGUUACAGGAUGGGGAGCACUUUCUUAUGAUGGUGAAUAUCCAGUUUUACUCCAAAAGGCAUCUGUGAAGAUUAUUGAUACAAACAUUUGUAAUUCUAAAGAGGCUUAUAAUGGUUUGGUUAAAGACACAAUGAUAUGUGCUGGGUACAUGGCAGGAAAUAUUGAUGCCUGCCAGGGUGACUCUGGAGGACCCCUAGUUCACCCCAAUUCCCGAAAUAUUUGGUAUCUGGUUGGAAUAGUGAGCUGGGGAAAUGAAUGCGGUAAAAUCAAUAAGCCAGGAGUCUAUAUGCGAGUGACCUCCUACAGGAAAUGGAUUGCCUCUAAGAUUGGUGUCUAA